UAGUCGAAGAUCAGUGUAUGAAAUAUUUUACGACCGGUUUUCUCGAGACUAGAAUACCGGGCUGUAUAUCGUGGCUUUUUGGCGGGCGCAAUUUCUUUGGCGGUUUCUUGAGUCUUACCUUUAAACCUGAAACAUAUAUCACGUAUAAAUGGGUGAUAAGGACGGCGAAACUUUUGAUGAUGCAGUGGAAGAACGUGUUAUUAACGAAGAAUACAAGAUAUGGAAAAAGAAUACGCCAUUCUUAUAUGAUCUUGUAAUGACACAUGCUUUAGAAUGGCCGUCGUUAACUGCACAGUGGUUACCAGAUGUAACUAGACCAGAGGGAAAAGAUUAUUCCGUUCAUCGUUUGAUCCUAGGUACACAUACGUCGGAUGAACAAAAUCAUUUGCUUAUUGCAAGCGUUCAAUUACCUAACGAGGAUGCUCAGUUUGAUGCCUCUCAUUAUGACAAUGAAAAAGGCGAAUUUGGAGGCUUUGGUUCCGUAAGCGGAAAGAUAGAAAUUGAGAUAAAAAUUAAUCACGAAGGUGAAGUGAACAGAGCCAGAUACAUGCCACAAAAUCCAUGCGUAAUAGCAACGAAAACUCCAUCAAGCGAUGUUUUAGUAUUCGAUUACACGAAACAUCCAAGUAAGCCAGAUCCAAAUGGCGAAUGUCAUCCAGAUCUAAGGUUACGAGGACAUCAAAAAGAAGGCUAUGGACUAUCAUGGAAUCCUAAUCUUAACGGGUACUUGUUGAGUGCAUCGGAUGAUCAUACAAUAUGUUUGUGGGAUAUCAAUGCUACUCCCAAAGAAAAUCGUGUCAUCGACGCUAAGACCAUUUUUACAGGACAUACAGCCGUUGUAGAGGAUGUUGCAUGGCAUUUAUUACACGAAUCUCUGUUUGGAUCAGUUGCAGAUGACCAAAAAUUGAUGAUUUGGGAUACGAGAUGCAAUAAUACUAGUAAACCAAGUCAUACAGUCGAUGCCCAUACUGCGGAAGUUAAUUGUCUAAGUUUUAAUCCAUAUUCAGAAUUUAUUCUCGCUACUGGUAGCGCCGAUAAAACAGUAGCAUUAUGGGAUUUAAGGAAUUUAAAAUUAAAAUUACAUUCUUUUGAAUCUCACAAAGACGAAAUCUUCCAAGUUCAAUGGUCACCACAUAAUGAAACCAUAUUAGCAAGUAGUGGUACAGAUAGGCGUUUGCAUGUGUGGGAUCUUAGCAAAAUUGGAGAAGAACAAUCUACUGAAGAUGCUGAAGAUGGACCUCCUGAGUUAUUGUUUAUACAUGGUGGACAUACUGCAAAGAUUAGUGACUUUUCAUGGAAUCCCAACGAACCAUGGGUAAUAUGUUCGGUAUCAGAAGAUAAUAUAAUGCAAGUUUGGCAAAUGGCAGAAAAUAUUUACAAUGAUGAAGAACCAGAUACACCAGCUAGUGAACUUGAAGCUGGGGCUUCAUAAGUCGAAAAAAUAAUUUAUUAAAUCAUCUGACAUUAAAGUCAAGAAAUACUACCGAAUAGUAUUAUUGACUAUUGAAACGAACAUUAAUGAAUCAUAAACGGCAUUAGAAAUGGUGAUUUAUAUAUUUGUAAGAUUUAAAAAAAAAAAAAACUGUGUGGUAUAAGUGAUAACAUUAUGGAAGAGCAAUAAUAUUUCAGUUCUCCAUUAAUUUUAAUUAUUUUCUUGUUUUUUAUUAUAAUUACAUUAACCUUAAUUUUUCACAUCAAAAUGUAUAUCUAUUGAAUUUUUAAAAUGCAUGUAAUGGCGAGAAACACGAAGUACUGAUUCGUUGGUUAAAAGCAUCAGUACUGUAAAUUUGUAAAAACGUUCUAUCAUAGGCUUACUGCGUACAUCAAUCAAAACUUUAUUUUUUAAUUCACUCGUGUUAAUCAAUAUCGUAGAAUGUCUUUUUUUGCUCAUGUAUCGAUUGUUUAUCAAUUAUUUGUAGAACAAAUAUUUCAGUACUUUCACAUGUUCUGUUUAAUAAUUGGAAGAAUUUAUACAUGUUGUACAAGCAUUUGUGCAAGAUAAUGUCUUGCUCUUAUAUUAUUUUUCUAUAUACAAGAUGUAUCAUUACUUUGUUUCUUUAAUUAUACGUGGUAUUAAACAGAUGUUUAAUCAACAAAUGUAUAUUUGUCAGCAGUGAGCCUAUCAAUAACAGCGUUCGUAUAAUUACUAAUUUGGGUUUUUGGGUAGCUCUUAGGUAAAUAUAAAGUAAAUAGUAAACAUUCAGGCACUAUGUCAUGUCGUCAGAUACAAAACCGAAUUGGAACAUAGGUUUGUAUGAGAAAUUACAUCAGUGACAAAGAAAUCUUUGUUAACGAUUUAUUAAUUCGUGUUCUUCCAAUCGGCACAAAAUCUUUCGAAUAUUACUAAUUUUAUUACGACUUUCUAAUUUCUUAAAAUUUUUUGAACGACGAAUUAAUUAUCUAAAUAAUUUAGUCCUAAAAUCCACCCUGUAUUAGAUCCAUGCUAUAAUAAGAAUGUUGCGUAAAAUUUGAGAAUGAGAUGCUGUGUAACGUCAGAUAAUAUUUGAAUCGAUUACAAUUUGAAAGUCAAUAUGAUAUCUAAUACGUAAAAUGUACAUAAACAAAUUUUUAUAUAUCGUUUAUAAGAUAAACAGGGUUUAAAAGCACCCGUUGAAAAUUUCGUGUGAUUUUCAUAUUACUCAAAAAAGAAUUGUUAAAUAUCAAUGUAAGCUUAGAAUAAUUUAUCAAAAUAUCGUUCGCGUUAUACUUCCACGUGCGUCAAUUCUACUAGAUGUUCCAGAUGUAUCUUUUACAUUUUACAUUAUACACUUUCUUCAAUAUUUUCGAUCGUUGCGGUAGUAAUUAUAUUUUUUCUUGGCACUUAUUGUUAGUAGUAAAAUUACGAAUGUGUAUAAGACGAAAAAAUUGUUCCCCUAUUAUAUGGUCGUGUUAGAUAGUUCGUUGUAUAUUUGGACAAGAAGCGAAUCCUCGUAUUCGGCUUCAGGACUUUUCAGUGAUAUCAUAUCUUCCGAAUCUAAGUUCGUAAAUCUGCAAAGAAAAUUAAAUGUUAUAUGUCUA